AUGAACCAUUGUGCUGUGAGAGUAUCAAUAUCCACUGGUCUUCUCUAUUUAACCGCUAGAUAUUCUGCCGAUGGCCCUGCAGCUCUGCAUGACAUUUCUCUCACAAUCCUACCUGACGCAAAACUUGGCAUUUGCGGCCGCACGGGUAGUGGGAAGAGCACACUGUUAGCGACAAUAUUCAGCAUUCUCUCCGUCACACACGGUACCGUGACAAUCGCUGAGUUGAACCUUGCUCAUCUGCAUCCGGAUACCCUGCGCGCUGCGCUUAUUGGUAUCGCCCAGGAAAGCUACAUCGUUCCCGGGCUGACCGUGCGUGAAAAUCUUCUUCUGGGCUGUCAGCGCCAGCAACAGUAUCUGUGCGACGAUGACACCAAUCUCAUUGCUGCCCUGCAGACUGUGCAGUUGUGGGAUACGAUCAAUGCGCGUGGAGGGCUAUCCGCCGUGCUUGACAACCAAAGCGAGACGCUGUCAGCGGGACAGAGUUAG